UGUUGUAACACGUGCAAGAUCAAGAUGGCGGACGGAGAAAACGAGUUCGAGCGACCUCGCAAAGUACCGAGAACGUUAAAAGAAAAGGAUUCUGGAAAGCGACUUAUCGUGAUUCUUGAGAACGCUUCCCUAGAGGCAGUUAAGGUAGGAGAAAAUCUGACAUGUAGGGGCACAAGUUGUCUGUUUUUGCAAGGAUGUGAAAGUGUUGAUUUCAUUCACGGUGAUGUUUUCAUGUAUGCUUACUCUUCUUUUAUUUUAGAAUGGAAAAAAUUUUGAGUUACUAAACUGUGACAGACACAAAACAAUUAUGAAGAAGAACAAAAAAGACCCUGCAUCUGCUCGUCCAGAUAUCGCACACCAGGUGAGCCGAUUGUGAAUUCGAACGUUUUACCACGGGGACGUUCCAUUUUUAUUCUGUUUUAUUCCGAACCCCACCCCACCCCCACCCCCCCGUCCGAAGCACGUAACCCUUUGAAAAAACCUUUCCAACCUCUCCCCAUCCCCUCAUUUUCUUUGGUCCUUUGAACUCGGCAGAUAACUAGUAAGGAGUAUCCCAUUAAUCUGGUCUCAGUGGACUGUAGUUAAAAGACCUGUUUUCACAUAGCCUGAGUAUCAGGCGUUUCUGGGGAAAAGGGGAAAAAUGGAAGCGAAAAAGGGAGAGAGGUGAAAGAGAGAAACGCCUGACACAGAUGCUUUUACUGGAGCCUUCCACCCCCACAUAGCAUGAUUCGAUACCAUCCAAUCAAAAUCACUUCCGGUCAUUGGAUUGUGAGCUUCACAUGUCAAAAAGCUCGCCUAAAAUAAAUCUCACUUUACGGUCUGGCCGAGCUCCGGUGCUUGUGUUGCUAUGAUUUCGCUUUUUUCUGAAACCUCCAAUGAGGAGUUUUCGAAUACUUGUAAUGUAAAACCUGCCGUUUAUGAGGAAUUAUAACAGGUUUUAGGAAUUGUGCUAGUGUAAGAUCGCCAACGGUCUGUUUGUAAAUAAACGUAUGUCCAGAAAAUUGUAAAUUGCUUUUGUUUACAGAGUUAAAUUAGGCACUUGUCUGGCAGCUAAAAAGCUGAUGUUAUCCCUCGUAUUCCCGGGUGGUUGAAAGGAGCUGCAAGAAUAAAUAUGAAGGUGCAAUGGUCAAACACCUAUGCCCAGAAAUUAUCAAGCAGCAGCAAAUUCCACCACUUCAAAGAGAGCUCGAGAAAGCUGUUACAAGUUCAAAAAGAAGUGAGAGCCUAUAGCAAAGGUCAAUCCCGUUGGCGAAAUAUGAUGGCGCCCGCUUAAGCUUAAGACAUUUCAAUUGGAAGAGGAAGCGAACGAAUUCUAAUCACGUACGUUAUCGUAACCGCCACAAGCAAAGUCAAGCUUUUCAAAAGCAUUAGUGCUGUCGGCUAUCCCCGCGGCUAUCUCUAUUUUCAUUUACAGUAACAAUACCCUUUUAACGGCAGGAUGUUGUAAAUCAGAACUUAGAUAUCUGAAACACUGAUAUUAUCUUCUUUGUCCCGGUCUUGUGAAACCAAUACUCGGACAUUAAGUUUCGGCAGAAGAUGGUAUAUGAGGCUUUUCCAUACUCCGAGUGCAUCUUUCCUUUAAACUACGAGGCCUUGAAAACACAAUUCUUGCUCGGGUUUUAUUUUAUUCCAGGAAAGAACUUGAGAUCGCCCUCUAGAACCUUUUUGCAUUCCUCUCUGCGUCUCUGUCUGUAAAAGUAUCACAUACCGGUAACAUGAAAUCAAAACAUCUAUGAAAAAUUUCAGUGACAGUCUCCUUGUCGAUCGCUCUUGCGGUCGGUGACGUCAGGGGAUAUUGUUUGUUAUCCAAUCACUGCCACAUCCAGAUUUUGGAUGUGUCACACGAUUUGCUGAAUGGUUUUGUGUCAGGCCUUCCUUUCUCUUCUCCCCCUCCCCCCUCCCCCAUCUAAAAUCUCUUCUCCCCUAGCCCCGUAGGAAGGCCUGAUACUCAGGCUAGUUUUCACAGUACAUCUGUGUUACAUAUAGUGUGCUUAUGCGAUUAUCAGCAGCCAUCCCGGCGGGGUAACUCCAGGGACACAUACGUGCUUGGUGCAGGAUUUGUCAACUGUGACCCUCCACGGGAAAACGUACACUAACGACCUUCCGUUAAACGGGCUAAAACGUUAGCUAUCCGUUAGUCAUCCGUUAGAAAAAUUGAUGAAAACCAUUAGUAGCGUUGGUAAAUCAGUUAGCUGGUGACUCUUGCCUGUCAGAGCGUUAAUCAUAUCCAUUAGUGGCGUUGGUUAAUCUGUUAGCACCCGAUCCUUGCCCGUUAGAGCGUUAGCCGUAUCCUUUCCUUGGUCAAUCCGUUAGUCUGAUGAUCUUUACUCGUUAGAAAACUUAGCGACAACUAACAUUCGUUUCUGAUAAUGGAAACUCGAAAGACGCUAAAGAGAGCUUCUGAGAGUUCUGUUUUUGUGCUCUCUUGCACAAAGCAUCCGGUGACAAAAGUGUCAGCUUUAUUUGUUACAAUGAUAUUUCUGGCAAGAUGCACAGAGACAAUUGAAACAGCAAAAUACUCUGUCUUAAACGUUGAAUUUCGUUACAAAAGUGUUUAUGAUGCGCCAUUUAUUGAUAGUAAUUCACAGGCAAGUCAUUGUUAUAAAAAAUUAUUGGCAUGUGCCGCCGAGUGUGAAUUUGUGGCGUCACGAGAAACAAAAAUGUGAUAUCUCUGGUUCCACAAGGCACACAAAGUCGAUUGAAAGGGCAAAAUACCCUGUCUUCGACGCUCAAUUUCGUUACAAAAUUGUUCAUGAUGCACCAAUUAUUGACGAGUAAUUUUUUCACAAGCAUAGUUCAUAGACUGUUUAUUUGGCAUGUGCCGCUGAGUGUGAAUUUGUGGCGUCACGACAAGCGAUGUGAUAACUCUGGUUCUACAAGGCGCACAAAGUCGAUUGAAACGGCAAAAUACUCUGUUUAAAACGCUGAAUUUCGUUACGAAAGUGUUCAUGAUGCGCCAGUUAUUGAUGAGUAAUUGUUUAUUUGGCAUGUGUUGCCAAGCGUGAAUUUGUGGCGUCACGAGAAAAAAGAAUGUGGUAUCCCUGGUUCUACAAGGUGCACCAAGUCGAUUGAAACGGCAAAUGAACAAAUUUUUUGAAUGGAGAAUUAUAACCCAAGCUGUUCGAAUGGCUUCCUACCAUAAUUAUUCUCUUCAACACCCCCCACUGCAGAAUUCCGUUCCUUAAGUUAACCCAUAAAGCGGUUCGAAUACUUUGAUAUGCUGGCUUCAGUUCAUCAGGUUAUCAAAGAAAUUUGCAUAAAGCAUGUGAACAUGAAGUGUCAAUCAACCGGAGAUAAAUGGUUUUUUUUUUACAAUAAAUGUAGAUAAACGUUGUGUGAUCGAUACACAGCCGCGUGCUGGAAAAAGUUAUUUUGAAGAGAAAAAAAUGGAGUUGGAUUAUGUGACUGGUGCCACCGAUAAUCUUUGAAAGCGCUAUUAAAAGUGUGAACGCAUUUCAGCGAACACUUUCCCUGUGGGCCUCUGCUCACAGGGUAGCGCUGGUUUCGUUCAUAUUUUUGGUCGUCAUUGGGUCAUCACGCAACACUUCCGCUGCUCUUCAUUCCCGGUGGAUCAAAUUUCAACAAAAAUUUGCAUAAAGUUGUUUAGUUCGAAAUGUCAAUGAGCGAGAGUCGACUAAUAUUAUUUUAAUUUUCCACCAAAGUCAAAGGUCCACUGAUGCAUUUUUGGAAUAAGAUAACUAAGAUGGAUUGAGAUAACCUGCCAGACAUUCGCUGUAGUUGGUUAGCGGAUUCUCAACAAGAGACGCUUUUGACUGUCGGCCGCAGUUGUUUGUUGAUGGUGGUCUGGUGUCGCUUUUUCGCUCAAUGACGACUCCGUUUUUCGGCUUGUUUCGUUAGGGACAAUUGCCAAUGUCACGUAGAAAACAAAGAGGAAUGGAAAGUGAAUUGUCACAAGCGUAACUGUCGCAAACUAUUUUCCUUUUUUUUAGUAUUAUUUUUUGUCGAUGUUUUGGGAGAAUUGAGUCAUGUCACUUGUCGAUUCUACCCCUUGGAAGCCCUGAUUGAAUGUUAUUAUCAGUUUUAGCCGUUGCAAAACCACGCUUUCUUUCUUUGAUCGACCGUUUAACUAACGACUUCGCUAAAAGGCAAGAGAUAAUACGUGACCGAUUCGAUUCAUUUCAUUCUGAUUCAAUUUCCGCGGUUCAUGUGUUAUUUCAUUAUUAUACAUCAUUCACAACUUAUGAUCCGUUUAUUUUAUAGAAUUAAGACUUUAGUGGUGAUCAGUCACUAGAACUUUAGUAUAAACCGUUAGAACGUUAACGAGAACCGUUGGAGCGUUAGAGCGGACCGUUGGACCGUUAGGACGACCCGUUAGAGCGUUAAGACAAACCAUUAGAAGGCCAGGGCCGAGCAUUAGAACGUUAGUACAAAGCGUUAGAAUGACUUCAGAGCCGUUAGCAAUCCGUUAAGUAUCUGUUAGUUUUCUAACGUUUAAUGGAAGGUCAUUAGUGUACGUUUUCCCGUGGAGGGUCACAACUUUGUUCGUUAAUUUUAAGCUGGGGAUGAGGGGAUUGGAUUGCUCUUAGACUUUCGCAGCGGGAUCUUCUGGUGAAGACCCGUGGGAUUUGUAGCGCCACCGCCAUUUGGCAAAUGGAGCUUGAAACGAGUGCCGUUCCCAUCUGCAAAAGGACUGGGUAUGUUGGUGAACACGUUCUGGCAAAAUGGCGACAGAAAAGAUGGUAAACAACUUUCAUAUUUCUCUUUUAUCCUGCUCCUUGUAACUGGCCAUCCUUUGCUUACAUAGCAAGUAUAUUUUUUGGAAGAAAACUAUGAUUCCUUCUAUAGAACUCUUUUGAAAUAUUGCACCUUUUGACUUGCAGAGCACACUACUUUGCCCCCAGGGGAGGGGCAUUAGUAGCUUUUUGUAAACAAUCUUGGUUUUGGGUAGGGGCGGUUUGUAAAUGUUGUUGUGCAAUCCCGGGGGAGUUCCCUGUGGUCACCCCCUCCGGGAUGGCCGCUGAUUAGUGCAUUACAGUGAUCCUACAACGUGAAUCCAAUCAUCUAGAUCAAACCUACUACAGAAGUUAGUUGUGGUCAUAACUAGUAAACAAUACUCAUUUCCUUGUAGCAGUAACUAAUGCAGUACAUCUGCUAGCCUGUGUAAAAGGGGAUGGAAACCGAAUGUAAACGUUAAAAAAAAAUAGCAGUGAAAGAUUUUGUGGAGAUAACUCUGCUUCUGGGGGAGGACGAGCCUCAUUUGAAAAUUUAUUUUCGCCGUCGGGAAGAGUUAAAUGUGCUAGGCUGAUUUUAGCUGAUUGUUGUGGCUCUGCUGGGUUGCAAUUAACCAGAAACGAAAACUUGUCAGAACAGGUCUGCAGACUUUGUGGUUGCAAAAUUAGAAACGUAGCUGAACUGUACAGUUUCAUCCAGAAAGCUGUAAGCAACACUAAUGUCGAGGAAGAUGUACAUUGAGAGGCUGUGGAAUAUCGAAACAAAAGACAGCUUCCCACCACUAUCACGCCAGAAAGAAGCAAUGUAGGAAAGAAACGUCUCGAAUCUGAUGGUGAACAGCUGACAAAAGGAAGCCCUGGAGAGGUUAAUUCUACAAAGACCUUGUUUGCAGAAAGCUGAACAGUGAGUGACUUGAGGGAUGCAGAUUGGGAAUUGCUGGUCUUGAAACAUUUUAUACACAGAUUCCUGAGCAAGUAACACUUACACUCGCGGGACAGGAUGCCGAUAUUUUGCUGAAUUAUUGUAGUACAGAAGAUAUUACUGGAAAGCCAAGCACUCAGCUUAGGGCACCGGUACCGGUAUCGAUUUUGAAUCCUAACGGAGAAGUCAUCAUUCAGAAACUGUUUGACAACAUGAGGCAGGCUAACUGAAAUCGCCAGUUUGGUUUGCUGAAUAAGCUUGUUCUUUUGUCUGAUUGCAACCAAUCAGAAUUUGCGGACACCAGCGUCAGCAGAGGUGAACAAACCGGGAUUAUUAUAGCAGGCGUUCCCUUCCUUCUCUCCCCAAUCCCCUGUCCUUUUUUUCCUACCUCCUUCUUUUCUUUCUUACCCCCCCCCCCCCCCCUUUAACGCCUGCUACGCUGGCUAUACAUCUACAAAUUCUCAUCAGUUUGGGACAUUUCAUUUUUUUAUCCAAAUCCUCCUUACCAGGCAGACUGAGCUCUGCUGCAGUUGUUGUUGUUGUUGUUGAUACAUGGUGCAGCACCUUGUUUGACAGAUUAAGCUGAUUUAGCAACAGAACAGGAACGGCAGAUAAGGACAGCACGCAGAAAUCAAACAACUGGCUUGACCAGUGACUGGGCGGCAAAUUGGGCACCGGAGGUCAAGUUUAGUCCUUUUCGGCGCUUUCCCGUGGUCAAAUGACGUUCCCGUUCUGUUGCUAAAUCAGCCUAAUGACAGCAAGGGAGUUGACCAACCUCAUUGUGAGGGUUUGCUUCACUGGGUUUACAAUAGCUGGUCAUUGGCUCGAAUCCUGUCAGAGACUCCUGUCCCAUGCUUGUGACUUGCUGAUUAUCGUCAAGAAAUUUCUUGAUGAAAGAUUGCAUGACACUGACAAAUAACAUCUUUCACCUUCAUUUACUGAGCUUAAAAAACACCAUCUUUCUUUAUUUUAAUGUACAUGUAUUUUCCUUGUCCCUUUGUUGCAUAUUAGCCUAUGCAUGUUUAGCCUCCCAUGCAGAUGUUCUCUUAUCUCUUCACUACUCAAGGAGAGAUUGCAUGGGAGGCUAGUGUAUGUUGGUCCAGGGAUCAAAACUGAUGAUUUAUCUCUUUUUUCAGUGUCUGCUCAUGUUAAUGGACAGUCCACUGAAUAAAGCGGGACUUUUGCAAGUCUACAUUCAUACCGAGAAAAACGUACUAAUAGAGAUAAACCCUCACACAAGAAUUCCACGCACUUUUGAUCGGUUUUGUGGGCUGAUGGGUAAGGUUGCAUUUUGAUUAUUAUUUAUUAUUAUUAUUAUUAUUAUUAUUAUUAUUAUUAUUUAGUAAUGUCAAUAUUAUUUGCCAUUUUAUGAUGUAGGCUAGUUAUCUUUUGUCAGUAUUAAAUUUGAAUGAUCAUCUUACUUUUAAACUGUCAAGAAAUAUCACUUUUUAUUGGUGUAAUUUUUGUUGUGUUUCCUCAUUAUUAAAAAAUUUUAAAACUUUAUUCAUGAAACUUGGUGUUGGUGGCUUGUUGUGUGUUUUUAAGUAGGUCUAAAUUUCAUAGUUUAUUGACAUUUGUCCCUGUUCUUUUAUUUCAAGUUCAGUUGCUGCAUAAGCUUAGCAUCCAUGCUGCAGAUGGACCCCAAAAGCUACUAAAGGUACAACAAAAUAACUUCUUUCAGUUAAGAAAACUUUCAUUGUAAAAGGCUAGUGAAAAGUAACUUUCGGUUGAAGGUAAGGAAUGACUGGAAAUAUGUCUGCAUUCGCAGGUUAUCUAGUGAGGGGUUGCAACAAAUUACAAUCCAUGAAAUUCCUUAAGUAGUUGUUAAGCUGUUGACCAUGAUGAUUGCAGUAGAAGGCACAGAUAGCACCUGACUCGUUGAUUAUUCUUUUUUGUUCAGGUUAUUAAGAAUCCAGUGACAGAUCACUUACCAACAGGCUGCAAGAAAGUUGGUAGGUCCCUCUGGCUAGUUACAGAGUAAACUGUCGAAGUUAACUUAACAUACAUGUAGUUUGACUUGUCACCUGAAUGCUCCACUUGGAAACAGUCCUAGAAAUAAGUGAUCAAGGUAAAUCUUCCUCCUUGGAUAGAAGGUUGGCUGAUUUUCCUUGUGUCAUAAAGUGCAUGAGUUUCUGUGGGACCAUUUUUACAUAAUUGUUUCUUACCAUAUGCAACUGUAAUUAUUUCUUAUCACAUUUUAUAUACUGCCUUUGAUUUCUAGCUCCCCCUCCAUCCUCCAACACAUACAUUUUAAUAGCCAAAUCAUAUUUUUACAUUUCUAUUCAGAUCCUACAUAAAAGAGGUAUAUACAAUGACUUUUUAGGCCCAUGGUCAAACCACUGUUAUUUCAAGUUAUUUUCAACGUGAUUGCUUUGGAUUUGAAUGCCUUGCUUUGCAGCUGUCUGAAAAUAAUGUUGUGCUUCUCUUUCAACAAAAUUAGUCAAAAGUAAAACUCCAACCUUUUUAUCGUAGUUUCAAGUAUUAACUCUGUUACUUAUUUGCUUUCAGGGACCUCAUUCCAUUCUGACAACCUCGUGAAAUUGAAGGACGUUAUUCCAAAGGAUGAGCCCAUUGUCUUUGUUGUCGGGGCUAUGGCUCAUGGCUCAGUAAGUCUCUUUACUUAUCAGCAAUUGUCUUGCAAAGUCCUUUUUGGGUGAAACAGUUGAAAUGUCACAAUUUUGUCUGCUAAGCACAUGGUGUGCUUUUUCACUUCGUUAAUGUUUAACAGUUUCUUUGACAUAUUACAGUUCAAGCUCUCGCAAGCGACCACCUCAUAAAUUCAAAAAAGUGGUUGUCAAUAGAGCUGGUUGCUUAAGAGAACUUCAGAAACUCAUUAAUAAUUUAUAAAGAAAAAACAAGAGAAAUGAAUAUUUUCAUGUUGACUGAAGUGAGUGGUCAUUGCCAUGUAGGCUAAGUUGCGCUAGGGAAAUGACCUUGAUUAUUUUUUUUACAAAUACAAAACUUCUCUGUGCAAACCAUUAGCACAUGGUGCAGUGUCAUAUUGAAGUGUUGAUUUAUAUGAUUAAGGCUCUGUGUGGUUGUAUACAAGAGCUUGGAUCGAAAAGUCCAGUUGGGUAAUCCCAAAGGUGGUCAUGGUCGCUUACGAGAGCUCAAGAUCACAGCUCAAAUGGGGUUUCACAAAGGUGGUCAUAACUAGAGCUGGUCGCUUAUGAGAGUGGUCGCAAGGAGAGCUUUGACUGUAUUUAACUUAUCUGCUGUACCCAUUUUUUUUUCUUUAUUACUAUGAAUUAGAGACUUCAGAAUUUAACAUUUCUGGUGUAUGGGUACGGGUAAUUUACCCAAAGCCAAAUCUUGUAAUACUGCUAAGCAUCAUGGGCAGGCCUUUCAUGGGCAAGGUCUUUCAUAUUAAAACUGACUAUAGGCACUAAUGAGGUAACAAUAGGGGCCUUUAAUUGGCUUUAUUCUGUAAUAAGAUCAGCCAAAAGUAACUCUAGAAAUCUCAACAGACAGACUGAAAUCUUGCACAUUUGCAGGCCGUGACGUAGAUUCUUGAAGAGAUUUAUGCAAUGACUUACAGAACAAUAUUUUUGUCAGUAACGUACUGCUUAGUGACUUCAAAUUCUCAGUGGAACUGGAGGAAGCCUUUGAAGUCUUUCGGUGUGUUCUUGCAUUUAUUACAACAUUCUAAUAAUAUUAUUCAAACUCCCCGGAAGGCUCGACAUUCUUGCUUUCAUCUGUUGCAACUGUUAAAUAGUUUGGAGGACUCAAUUUAUGAUGUGUACUGUUUGUUUAGUGUGAAACAAUUUUUGUACUCUCGUGAGUCGAUUAUUACAAUAUGAUGUCAUUCUUAAUAUUUUUCCUUUUUCAGAUUGAUGUUCCUUACGUAGAAGAAACUGUAGCGAUCAGUCAGUACCCUUUAUCAGGAGCGUUAACGUGCUCCAAAAUAUGCACAGCGUUUGAGGAAGCGUGGGGAAUUUUAUGAGUAGCAAACAUAGCCGUGUAUACAAGCCAUCCACGGAUGAUAUGGGAAAGACUCCUUAGUGUUCUUGUGCUUAUCGGAACUGAGAAGCACAUAAUAACGUGAAGGACAAUUACACUGAUUGCGAGGCUGCACUAAAUUUUAGCAAAGUUUUGAUAAUUCUGUGAGGAGUCUUACAUUGUAACAAGAAGUUUCUUGUUCAGUUUGGCAACACUGAGUGAUCACUUACCGCGAAACUACUUCCAAGAAGCGACGGCAGCGAAAAAAGGUGUCAUUAUUAAAAUGAAUUCAUCUUUUCAAACGUGGUCGCGGUUAUUCCAACUCGCUCAAAAUGCCUCGUUUAUAUAGGUGAAAUUUCUUGAAGCUGAAUUCAUGGGAAGCGCUACUCAGUAAUCUAGAAAGAGGACAUGGAUUCGUCGUCGUGUGGUCACGUCCAGUGACGGCGAAGAAGUUUCCUUAAAGGUGUAACGCAGGUGCAAAGUUAUUGUUUUGCUCUUUUAAGGGGCUGUGACGUCACGGCUGUCUGGUUCAUUUUGUCAAUACGGAGCUUGAGCAACGACAAUGGCGACGUCAACGAGAACGGCAAAAGACAGCAAAAGUUUCAUGCAGAUCGCGUGAUUAUCGGUUUAGAUUUCCAGAAUUUGGAAACAGCGUGAUUGGCAGCAAAAGUCUGCACUCAUCAGGCGUUUGUGGGGAGGGAAGAAAUACGAGUGCGUUUCGACAAUGGCGACGUCAACGAGAACGGCGAACACGUGAAAAAACAACAACUGCGGAAUUUCCGUCAGGACGCUUUGCAUGACUGCGACCACGUGAAAAUGCGGAAUUUCACGUAUUGUGGAGAACGUGAACACAAAACAACGACUUUGCUUUUCUUUUUUUGAACUUCGUUAAACUCUUUUAGAAUUCAACUACAGCAUUUAACAAAUUGAACGAGAUGGAAUAAGUGCGAUGAAUUUGCUGUGUUAUUUAUUCCUUCUUUUUACGUUUUGAGCGGUUUAUUUUUAUGAUUCACUCAAUUUGGUGGCAGUUCCCACUGUUUGAAUUUUGAUAAAAAUAGUGACACAGCUCCUUAUUUUAAACCGAUUGCUUUUUUGACGUUCUCGGUGCCUUUGCGUCUUCGCUUCUGAAAAAAGUCCUUGAACGGUAGUCCAAAGAAAAUUUCUUAUGGGGGCCCGAGAAAAUGAAUUUCACAUUUCACAAAAUUACAUCUUUCACUUGAAAUUUACAGAGAUUUACCUGUGUUUUCACAUUUCUUGUGAAAUUUGACCAUUCAUUUUCUCGGACACCCAUGAGAAAUUUUCUUUGGUGUUAUUACAGAUGACUAAUUACAUCUUUAGGCCUUAAGAAAUGGAAAAAAGAAUGCAAUACUCUGUAAGUUAUUCUGGUAAAAGGUUUUUGUCCACUGAGAAUUAAAAUUACUCAAUUUCCUAGUGGAUUCCGUCGUAACUACUCACGGGCUGUUACUUCAUUUAAGUUAAGGACACCUUGAUGCUACACCUGGCCGGCGCCCAUUCCCUGUGAGUUCGGCCUCACUUUCAAAUGGACUUUUCUGAAGCGUUUUUCAGAGAAAAACGUGCUAAUGAAUGUAUUUUAACUGGCAAGCAUUCUUGUGAAACUUGAAAACGCUGAUACUUAAAAAAAAUCCGCGGCAUUUUAACAUGAAAAUGAAAACUCCAGUGAAGAACAAGUCUGUUGGUUUCGAUAUAUUUUAACUAGUUGCAU